AUGGACAGCGAUCACUUGCAAACGCCCGAAUAUAAAAUCAGCGUCAUUCUUCUUCAAGUACUGGAAAAGCUAAAAGAAGAACCCAUCAGUAGUAAAUUGAAAUCUGCGAAAAUUAUGGCUGGUAAUGAUUCGAUGAGAAUUAUGCAAUAUGUUCUUCCAAUUGUGAUGCAGGUUGAAAUGGAAGUGUUGAAAUUUCACGGAUAUGAUAACAGUCGAGAAGGACUUGUAAAAUUCACUCAGCUGGUAAAAGAAUUGGAGGGAAUUGAUUCUGCAAUUCGCAAUUUACACGAUGUUUUGAAGUCUCAGUAUUUACCUUCUGUUUCUAUUGUAUACCAAGAUGAUAAUUCUUCGCUAGGUUCUUUCAGUUAA